CGGGGACACCCCCUCUGCCGUGCAAUAUGUCAGACCGCUGUCUAGGGCAACGAUCCCAAACCAUGUCCAAAAGCUGGCGAAAGGCGGAGAAAAAAGUCUGGGGUAUCAUGGUACCCCGAUGCACAUGCAAACGAAUUGGGCCCUUUCAUCGAACGAUCCUGCAGCAGCGUGGCUGGAAAGCUCCGUCAUGAGCCUGACGGAGAGCUUGUACACGUACUACAAGCUUCGCUGCGGCCUGUGUACCGGGCGUCCCCAUGGGACAGCGUCUCGCUUUUCUAGAGCUCGACUCUUUUUGCCCGCAUGACGAUCUACGUACUUGGUUCAAGGCAUGCAGGACUGCCAAGCUGGCGAUAGGCUCCAGCGGAACGGCCCUGCUGCAGCUGUCACAAACUGAGGAAAGACUAGCAGAAGGAUUCUGGUGGAGGCGAGAUGUACAAGGGGAAUGUGACUUUGGUACAUGCCUCAUGGGGAGCUGAACAGUCCCUGCUGCCCUCUCAAAAGCCUUCCAAGCAUGAUCCGGCGUCCUCGCCAAAGAUUACGAUGACAACCCAUGAUCAGGUUGCAUUCCUGACGUACGCUCAUUGCACCUACGCACGUUCAUCUUCCCCAGUUUCUCGUCGUGCCAAGUGGCUCAUGACGCGGUACGUGCAUUCGUAUCAGCGUUGUAAUAAUUCAUGUGCAUUUAAAUUCAAAAAAAAGGCGAGAGACUCGCUGUACGAGCGCCCACCCAUGCCUGGUGCUACCUCUUCCAACCUGUUGCUGUACAUGGUAUCGGAGCUAACAGAUGCCCACAAUUCAAACGCCAAAUAUGAAGCUCAUGAUAGACCACCCGCCCUAUUUUGAUGUCCAGUUGAGCUCUCUCAGAAUUCACAAGAAAGAAAAC